UGUUCAGCCGGUGUAUCUGGAUACAAAGUCAGCUUGAGCUGACAGUGCGAUCCAUGGACACGGAAUACACGGGCUGUGUUUGACAGAAGGAGAAAAACAAGCAGGAGACGUGUGGAUCAAACAGGAGAGUGCGGGGGAGGAAAGUGGCCCGAUUUCCGUCCAGGACUGGAAUAAAGCGUCGUAAUGUCACGCCCGAGGCUGCAGUAGUGAUGAUGGACUGUAAAGGGAACCAAGCAACCACCAACCAGGGAUAUAUGGAUCACAAAACAGGCUUUUAACCCAAGGACUGAGGAUUACAGAUAAAACAGCUGGAGGUUGUUUAUUAUUAUUAUUAUUAUUAUUAUUAUUAUUAUUAUUAUUAUUAUUAUAAGAUGGUGGAAGGAUGCGUCGGUUUGCAGCUUCUCUAUCAGCAUCAGGUCAGAUUUCAUCAUUCUCGACCUAUUACAAGGAAUCAGAAGCGCAAUAAUUUCCCAUUCGAGCGAUAUUAAUAGCCCCCUAGGGUUAGUAGAGCGGCGUUAAACCCCUCAGAAGUGGCUGCCUCACUUGUCUGUAUAACAGGGAUAUUCCUCUUUAGAAAUGACUGCAUGGGGACAGUAAGGACAGCAAUGCCACGGAGAAAAGGAGGACACGGUCUAUGCAGGCAUCUAUGCAAUGCAUAUUCAAGAUAAAGAAGGUGCAGUUGGAGGAUGUGGAUUGUUGGAUGCUUCCCUGGCUUGAACAUGGAUGGACCUGCAGCCUGUUUCCAUAAAUCGCACAGGUAAUCGAAUUAAUGCCCGACCUGUGGCCUCUAGCACUAGAUGUGGACCCGAACCAAAGACUUUAAAAUUGUUUCCACCAUUAUGACCGAGACCUGAGCUUAAGGAUGUGCCGAAUGGAAACAUGCGAGAAUGACUGUCUAAUCAGAUGGAGGGAGAAGGUGCUGUGUCUGAUCUGAGAUAGUCGUAGUAAGAUUAAACUAUAAUCGUAUACCUCGGUUGCUUGUGAUUGUGAUAGAUGUAUGAACAGAAUGAAUGACUGCAUUAAUGACUGCGAGAAAAGCAUGCCAUAUCAUGUCAAGUCUGCCUACAGAUCUAUAAGACUAAUAGGAUAGAAGAGAUGCGAGAGAUGCAGGCCCUGUGAUGAUGCUCCAGUGGAGGAAACCAAGACAACCUUUCUCAUGCAUCCUUGGUGCUGAAGGAAGCACCCAAACUGCUAGAUGAUCAUUUAAAAUCAGUCAAAACACAUGACUUCAUUCUAUUUAAUAGUAGAAAAUUAAGUCAUAAUGAUUUCAGACACCUGUUUGAAAGUGCCUUUAUAGAUGCUAGUACACAGAGACUGUAAUUCUGCUAAAAAUAGCUUUCCAGCACAUAAGAAUAGUGCUUUUUGCAAGAGAUUUAACACAUCCCUCCAGUUAAAAAGGCCUGAAUUUGGUUGAUGUGUUCUGCAUGGAUUUUGUGCAUGAGUUGACCGAGGUUCUCCCCCAGCUGUUGAAACCACACCGCUGACUCAGUUAUUUUGGAGAUGGACCCAAAUUCAACACUAAACAGUAUGGGUAGUGGAGGAAAUGCCACCCCACUACCCUGCACUGGGUGUGGAGGUUCCUGUGGAGCACCACCCCCCUCCAUCGUGCUACCAAACACGAAUCAGACUCCCUGUCUCACUCAUGCAGAGAACGGCAGCAGCUGGAAUUCCUCCACCCUGUCCUCCUUGGUCAGCUCCCCUGAUUCUCACAUCCACCAGCAUCAUGGAGCCUCCAACCCUUACUGGACAGCCGUGUUUGACUAUGAAGCGGCGACGGAGGAGGAGUUGACCCUAAGGCGUGGGGAUCUGCUGGAGGUGCUUUCCAAGGAUUCAAAGGUGUCUGGAGAUGAGGGAUGGUGGACUGGUAAGAUCCAAGACAAGGUGGGCAUCUUCCCCAGCAACUAUGUGACACGAAGUGACACCACGCUGCCCACUGGAGGUUUACUGGUGGGUGGUGAGAGUCCUCUGGAGAUCGACUUCUCAGAGCUGUGCUUGGAUGAGGUCAUAGGAGCGGGAGGCUUUGGGAAAGUGUAUAAAGGCGUGUGGAGGGCUGAGGAGGUGGCUGUGAAAGCAGCACGCCAGGACCCCGAUGAGGACAUCAGCGCCACGGCGGAGAGUGUGAGGCAGGAGGCACGGCUCUUCUGGAUGCUCAGGCACCCUAACAUCAUUGCACUGAAGGGCGUCUGCUUGAAAGAGCCUAACCUUUGCCUGGUAAUGGAAUAUGCUCGUGGUGGGGCACUAAAUCGGGCACUGGCGGGGAAGAAGGUUCCUCCUCGGGUCCUGGUUAACUGGGCAGUGCAGAUCGCCACUGGCAUGGACUACCUGCACAACCAGACCUUUGUUCCCGUCAUCCACAGGGAUUUGAAGUCCAGUAACAUUCUGAUUCUGGAACCGAUAGAGAGAGAUGACCUGAGUGGUAAGACACUAAAGAUCACAGACUUCGGACUGGCACGGGAGUGGCAUCGUACCACUAAGAUGAGUGCGGCGGGCACCUAUGCCUGGAUGGCUCCAGAGGUCAUUAAGCUGUCGCUCUUCUCUAAAAGUAGUGAUGUGUGGAGUUUUGGGGUACUGCUGUGGGAGUUGCUGACUGGUGAGGUGCCGUAUCGGGAGAUUGAUGCCUUGGCUGUGGCCUAUGGAGUCGCCAUGAACAAAUUGACCCUCCCUAUACCAUCCACCUGCCCUGAAGCCUUUGCUCAACUGUUGGGAGAGUGCUGGAGCCCGAACCCUCACAGUCGUCCCUCCUUUACUAGUAUACUGAAAAGGUUGCUGGCCAUCGAGCAGUCCUCCAUGUUCCAGAUGCCACUGGAGUCUUUCCAUUCACUGCAGGAGGACUGGAGGCUGGAGAUCCAGCAGAUGUUUGAUGAGCUGAGGGCCAAAGAGAAGGAGCUGCGUUCCUGGGAGGAGGCGCUGGCUCGGGCUGCAGAGGAACAGAGGACGCAGGAGGAGCUGUUGAAGAGACGUGAGCAAGAGUUAGCUGAGCGGGAGAUUGACAUCGUGGAGAGAGAGCUGAACAUCAUUAUCCAUCAGAUGUACCAGGAGAAACCACAUGUCAAAAAGCGCAAGGGCCACUUCAAGAAGAGCCGGCUGCUCAAACUGGGCCGAGACAGCAACUGUAUCAGCCUGCCCUCUGAUUUUGAGCAUAAGAUCACAGUGCAGGCCUCCCCCAGUGUGGAUAAGAGGAAAAGUCAGGGCAGUGAGAGCACCACUCCACCAGCCAGUCCAGGUGUUAUACCUCGCCUCAGAGCCAUUCGAUUGACCCCGAGUGAUGGGAGGAACACUUGGGGGCGUACAGCAGUGUGUAAGAAAGAAGACCUGACAGGGACAAAAAAGAAGGGCCGUACCUGGGGUCCCAGCUCCACCCACCAGCGGGAGCGGGUUGGAGGAGAAGAGAGGUUAAAGUCACUUGGAGAGGGGAAGGUGUGGUCCUCCAGUGCUCCUAAUCUGGGCAAGUCCCCCAAACAUGUCCCUAUAACUGGUGGCUUCUCCAGUCUCAAUGAGAUGGAGGAACAGUGUGAGCUCGAGGAGAGAUUGGCUCCCGAGGGCAGUAGCAACGGGGCGACGGAGGAUGCCAGCCAUGCAUGGACAGGUGUGGGGCCUGGAGUGGGUUCCCAGGAUCCUUUGCGUCGCUGCAAUCAGAGGAAGAAGAGUGACAUGGUACUGCUGGGCUGCGCCUCCAUCUUGGCCGCCGUGGGCUUCGGCACAGACCUGCUCCAGCUGGGACGAUUGCAGGUGAGUCAGGACGAACAGGAUGCACGUGAUGAGCAAAGAAAAAAGAAGGAAGGUCUGUUUCAGCGCACAGGCCGAUUCCGGCGCAGCACAUCUCCCCCAAGCCGUACACUGUCUCUGUCCCUGUCCCACAACCGCCAUCAUCACGAAUCUGCACUGCCCUGCCUGGACCCGUCUCCUUCUGUCACACUCCUCUCCCUCUCCUCUCUUUCUGACUGCAACUCCACCAAGUCCCUGCUGCCCUCAGACCCAGACGAUCUGAUCCCAAGUCCGAGCAGCACCAUGCCUUGUCCAGCACCCGCUCUAAACCCCCUGCUGGAUCUGCGAGCAGAGAGUUUCAAACGGGAGCCCAACCAGUCGCUCACACCCACCCAUGUCUCUGCCACCAUGGCUGUGAACCGCGGGCACCGACGCACGCCAUCUGACGGUGCCAUCAGACCUCGUGCACAGACAGUGACAGAGCACCGACGCACGCCCUCAGAUGGCAGCAUGCCAAUUCCUCCCAUCACGCCCACUAACACACCACACACAGGGUCUCGUGACACUCUAGAUAUCCCUCGUCUCCCAGACCCAUCCACAAUCUACCCCGCAGUGCAUCGGCGUAAACCUCCUCCUUCUUCAGAGUCCCAGACCGGGACCCUUGAGCGGCCCAAGACAUUGGAGUUUGCCCCCCGUCCCCGCCCCACCCCGGCCCGAGCGCGUCCAGACCCGUGGAAGUUGUCGUCACUGUCCCGGACACUCAGCUCAUCUCCGGGGAGCAGCUGUGACAGUCCACUAGGCUCUGGGGACAGCGGGGUCAGCGCAGGAGCCACCGCUGGCCGCCAAACUCUGCUGGACAUGGACAUGGAGGGGCAGAGCCAAGACAGCACGGUGCCUCUAUGUGGGCAGCAUUCACAAGCCACACUGUGUGGGCAGCACUUCUCAUAAAUUCCCAGGAAACCUCCAUUAUAACCAGGGCUGCCUGGCCUAAUUUACAUAGCCAGCAUAUUCCCUAGACACAAAAGGAGCCAAGAAAGUCCUGGCUCCGUCCUGCAUAUCUCAUGGAGGCCAUUGUGGUUGGUGUCACUAUUAGACAGAGUAUCCCAGAAACCACGGCUGUCCCAACACAGUGAGUGUGAACGAAGUACUCAACAACAACAACAACAACAAAAAAAAUCACCUGGAGGGCUGUGGAUUAUUUUUCAUAGCCACUGCAGUGAACCACAGUCUUAGACCUGCAGCACUUUUAUGAGCUCCAUAAAAGUAAAGGUCAAGUCCUACUGCUUGCAUCAUUCCCCUAUAGAUUGUUCAAUAAAACUCUCUUUUUUAAUAACCAGGUAAUAUGUAUGUGAUGAUACAAUGGCAAAGCCAUUCCUUUGAUACUGUAUUUUCUGGACAAUAAGUUGCUCAUGUUUUUUAAGACAGACCUCCCUUCAUUAUGAAGAAAAAAUGAUAUAUACUUAAGUUUGCUAUUUAUGUCACAUUAAUAGAUAAGACAUUUUUAUUUUACAAAUAACUGUACUCUCCUCUAAAAUGGAACAUACAAUAAGAGACCCAUACUGUAAUAGUGUGCUUUAGCUUUUGUCCCUUACCACAGUUCAGGGCCAUAUUGUGUAAGCUUUUUUUUUUUUUUUUUUCAAAAUGUUUGCUAUACUCCUGAUUCCUCUGUCACAAUAUCUGUCUGAGGUCAUUAUAUAGCAAUGUUUUAUGCUGAAACCUACAUGCCUCAGCCUGCAUUCAAAAUACUGCACAGCACAGCAAUUAGAUAUUGCAUAUAAUCCAGUAACUAGGAAGCAAAGAAAAACAUUCAAGUCUGAUUUUAUCCAUUCACAGUCUUCGAAAAACAGGAAAAAAUAUUCUACCGUUUCUUACAGGAGCUAUAAUGGCUGUCUGGGGGAUUAGCGUUUAGCUAUUCCAAUGUCAAGCUAAUAACUUGAGUAAUUUAGCCAUGUUUGGUGGUAUUUUUAGUUUGUAAUUUCUUCAUUUCGUUGUUUCAUUUUUAUAUUGUCCUUUAUUUAUUGAUUUUUUUCUGUAUAUUUUUCCAAAUCCUAAACGGCCUCUUUUUUGGAAAAUGGGUAAUAUUUUACUCUCUCACUGAAGCUUCUGAGAUGUCAGCUCUCCUGUUUGCAUACAGUUUGCUCAGAAAGCGUCUCCCAUGCUUAUUUACAAUUAUAAAUUGGCCAAGAUAUUUUUAGGGGAGGAGCCUUGUGAACGGUUUUAGUGUCUAAAAUCUGCCAUUAGAACACAGUUCAUGUGCAUACGGCUCAAAUAUUUCCAGUUUGAUACAAUUCUAAGGUAUGGCAAUUACCAUACGUCCAACAUAAAGACACUAACAACUGGCUAUAUUACAACUAGGCUACAAAAUGAUGAUAAGAGGACAAAACUGUGGGUCUUAUAGUCCAGAAAAUAUGGUAGAUCUAAGCAUAUUUUUUUAUUCUUCUGUUUUUGAGGAGAAGACUGACCAUCUCUGGCUCUCUGCAGAACCUAAUCAGAAAGCAGGAGCUGUUUUAAUGUGAAGGCCUUGUUUGUCAGCAAAUCCUGAUGUACAGUACAUAUUGCCUGUGUGUAAGUAUGUAAGCAAGAGUGUGUGCAUGUGUCUAUCUGUGAGGAAGUGUCAUAGGAGUUAGAACGACUGAGAACUGGUCUCAUCAGCUGUUUCCGGUUUAAAUGCACUCUCACUUCCAUUUUCCUCAGUAAACAGGAACAUUAUGGGCCUGGAGAAAGGGAAGGACUGUUAUGGUCAAACGAGCAUCUCUGUCCAUUUGCAAUAAAAUACGAAACACUGUACCAUAAUGUACUACCUGUAUUCAAACAUACACACUUUUUUACCUCUUCAAAUGAGACCAUGGAAGAUCUUCCUCCACCUACACACUGAUCUGAGAGAAAGGAACUGCGAGAUGCAGUGUGUAGUGCUUUUCUUUAUUUUGAUGCCCUAUGAAAUGCCGCUGUAAUCAGUCACAAAGAGAAGGAUGCGUGAUGACAUCAUUCCAUUCAGAACAAGGAGCCCUUGACCUUGUGUUUAUGACGUUGAAUUGUAUGACGCCGGAACACACUUUUUUGCUCGAAGGUUCAACCUGGUAAUCGACAGUAUUUUUUAGACUGUCUGCCGGUGAGUGUGUAUGUGCGUGAAUGCGUGUGCAUGUGUGUGUGUGUGUGUGUUCUUAUUGUUAUCAUUUGUAUGGGGUGACUCUGUGGAGGGGUAGACACAAAGCCGUCCCCUAUUUCCUGUGUGAAAAGAACUAAGAGUAUUUAUUAAAAUUAUUGUUAUGAUUGAA